AUGUCUAUGGCGGACGUGACGUCAGCGCGGAGCUCGCCCGCGCCUGACGCGUGCCCAGAGUGCGAUACUGCUGCAUCCGUCACAUCGGAUUUGCAUAAGUAUCAAGUAGCUUGCACAUGCAAACCUGCGUCAGCGCAAUACGCAUGCGCAGACGAUCCUGGCCCUCCGCCCCCCGCCAAAACUGACACUCCCCCUGCGUUACCACCAAGACCCCCUACAAGUGUGCUGGCAACUAACCGACGGAAUAAUGCAUCCGUAGGGUGCAAUGGCAACGAGACGUCAUGCAGACGGAAGAAGUACGCAUGGUGGUGUUGCGGAUGUGGUGCCUUGGCUGCCGCGUUGGGCGGUUUGCUUGCUGCCCAGCACAUAUUGCUACGGGCCUACACUGCUUCACCUCAUCACUUGGAAACUGUUCCCGCUGCUGUACCCGCUGCUAUGCUGGUCCUGACCGGAGUUUGUAUAAUGAGCUUAGCCAGGAGAAGAAACCGGUACAGCUAUAUGGUAAGAAAAAUUAAGGUGGUCGGAGCGUGUUGUCUGGUCUGUGCGUUGACUUGUGUUCUCGUUACCAUCACAACGACCGUCAUACACAUGAACAAGCUUCAAACGCUGAAAUUUUGCGAAUACACGAAGUUGACCAGAACAUGCUCGUGUUUUUCAAUGCCACCCGACUCACAGCACAGUAGCGAUGAUGAUGGAGUUCGGUGCGUUUUCGAAGGCGUAACCGAUUGUGGAGUUGUCCACGGAGCCUUAUAUUGGUGUCUUCGAGGUGUUUUCGCCUUAUCCGUGACAGCAGUACUCGUCUGCAUAUUCAGUUGUAUGCUGGCUUAUCAGCUGCUUAGGUGA